ACUAAAGACAAAUACCGAUUUCUCGAUCAUUUCUUUCUCAGAAAUGUAAAAUAUUUUUGUCAACGAAAAAACACAUAAAAACACUUUAAUAAUUCUGUGCAUUUACUAAUAACAAAUUAUCAAUAAUAUUUAAUUUGUUUUUUAUUGAUUUAUCUUCAUCCAAUUCGAAAUGGGUUUGUGUAAAUGUCCAAAACGUAGAGUAACAAAUCAAUUUUGCUUUGAACAUCGCGUCAAUGUUUGUGAACAUUGUAUGGUCACUAGUCAUCCAAAGUGUAUUGUCCAAUCAUACAUUCAAUGGUUGAAAGAUAGCGAUUACGUAUCCAAUUGCACUUUGUGUGGAUUGACUUUAGAGAAUGGAGAUUGCAUUCGAUUGAUUUGUUAUCAUGUCUUUCAUUGGGAAUGCUUGAAUGCCCGCCAAGCAGCAUUGCCACCUACAACAGCGCCCGGUGGUCACACAUGCCCGUCAUGUGCGAAUCCGAUCUUUCCGCCGACGAACUUACUAUCGCCAGUUGCUGAUAUGUUGAAAAGUCGAUUGGGACAAGUUAAUUGGGGUCGUAAUGAACUUGGACUUCCAAUGCUUUCAGAUGAAUCCUCGAAUAAAUCUAAUACACUACCACAAGUAGCAAUGAGUACUAUGACUAAAGUUCAUAAUACCAGUGUCGAACGAAAUAAGUCGAAUGGAGCAUAUUAUAAUAAUGGAAAUAGUAAAUUAGACAGUCCACAUUCCGUAUUGCUAAUGGAUGCAUUCAAUCCACCAUCGAAUGAUUCACAAGCGAACAGCAGACGUCCAUUGCUACCAAGACAAUCGCCGAUCGGUGGAACUGAUCGAGACGACAACAAAUAUAAGCGGCGAACACCAGCUGAAGUCUUUUCACGUUGGUCACGACGUUUCUAUGCCCCAUCAUCCCGACCGCCUUGGCGACGAACCUGGUUCCUGGUGCUCAGUGGAAUCCUAUUAUUCAUCAUUAUCGUCUAUUUGAUGGCAUUCUUUGGUCGUGGAAUAUCAACCGAUUCUUCAGAUGAUGCAUGGAACAACAAUCCUAAUCCAAAUUUACACUACGACUAAAAAAAUAAACAUAUUAUAGUUGCAUCGAUAACUGUAGGUAUGAAAACUAUUAAAAAGGGGCAAUUAAAUUAAAUAAAUAAAAACAAAAAUUAAAAAAAUCGCCUGUGAUUCCACAAACAAUUAAAAAAAAAACUACAAAA